AUGCUCAACCCCCAAUCUGACCUACUUAUGUUCAGUGGGUCCAUCGGACCUAGCCUGGAGGACUGUUUAGCAGAUCCACCGACCGUUCCCCUAUCCGCCACCUUGGGGACGCUCCGUAAUUGUGAAAGUUUUAUUUCUGCGUUUGCAAGUAAUUCAGAUAAUGCGUUGAAGACAUUUUUACUUAGAGCUAUUAUAGGAAAAUUAACAAGUAGAGCUCAAAUAUUAAUUGGUUCGCGCACAGAAUUAAAAUCAUGGGAUGAAAUCAAACAAGCUUUAAAUUUAAGUUUUGGAGAUCAACGAGACAUUGACUGUUUGGUUCAAGAUCUUAUUAACCUAAAACCAUUUAAGAAUAAAACCCCUUAUAAUUUUGGUAUGCGAUACAAAGAUUCUAGGAGCCUCAUUAUCUCUAAAUUAAACACUUUACAUUUAGACUUAAGCGAAAAACAAUUACAUCUUAGGAACUACGAUAAUUUAGCUUUAAAAACUUUUGUUCGUGGCUUACCUUUACCUAUACAAACUAACAUACGUUUACGAUCACCUAACAGUCUAGAAAAGGCAAUGAGCUUAGUUGUAGAAGAAGAAAACUUCUUGUACUCUACUCUAAGAUUAAGUAAUUUGAAUUCAAAUGUGUUAUUCAAAUCUAGUUUAUGA